GGUAUGGGUGGAGGUAUGGGAAUGGGAGGAGGUAUGGGAAUGGGAGGAGGUAUGGGAAUGGGAGGAGGUAUGGAUGGGAUGAUGGGAGAUAUGGGCCGAGGCCAGAAUAAUGUUGUCCUCCUAGUCUCAAAUCUUCCGGACGAGGUCGCCACUUGUGAUUUGGUAUUUAACAUGUUGGGAGCAUACGGAGAUGUGGUUUGCGUAAAGAUUUUGCGUAACAAAAGGGACUGUGCGCUGGUACAGAUGGCAAAACCGCAUCAUGCUCAACAGGUUCGGAACUACCUUGACCAAGCUAAGAUUGGUGGGAAGAAGUUGUGUAUUUCCAACAGUAGAGUAGACAGCCUCCUUAACAAGAGGCUGAUAGAGGACGAGGGACUUCAGAAGGAUUAUUCAAAUUCAAGGCAGCACAGAUUCAGGAAUCAGGGGCAAGCAAUGAAGAUCCAGAGGAACCUGGGGCCACCAACCUCUGUUCUUCAUGUAGCUAAUAUACCUGAUGGAUACUCACAUCUAGAUAUCAAGAGCGGAUGAAGCGUUGAUGGCCUUGGCAGCAAUGCAUAAUUAUGCUCCUGACGAUUUAAAGUUUAAGAACACUAACGGUUUGUGUGUCUCGUUCAGUAAGACUGCCAACAAGAGUGUUCAUCAAGAGUAAAGACAAGAACAACAAGAUUGCUGCGAACUAAAGUUUGAACGGAUUGGGUCUUAAAGUUUAAUAUUAUCGCAUUAAAUUGUUACACCUUAAAACCUCGUGUUAUGUCCUUGUUAUUGUACAAUCCCUUAUUAUUAUUAAUGGUCGCCUUUUCUUUUUUGUGAUUGUAUGACAUAAAUUACAAAUAAAAUUAUGUUCUUUUU